AGGUGGGAUGUCAGCUGACUUCCACACAAGCAGGAAGAACAACUCAACCCUUCCACCAAGUAAAACUGUAUAAUAACUACUCCAAUCACUACAGCAUCUUUUUUUUUUAAAUUUUUUUUUUAUUUGAUUCCACUUGGCUUUUAACUCAUAGUAUGUUCGCUGGAGAUGAUGAAGAUGGAGAUUUCUUGUUACCGUCAGGCGGUGCCAAGCUGGCCUCCUUGUUUGGCCUGGCCCAAGACCAGGACCAAGACCAAGGGAAGGAGUCCUUCCAUGCCAAGCUGGCCUCCUUGUUUGGCCUGGCCCAAGACCAGGACCAAGACCAAGGGAAGGAGUCCUUCCAGUACACGGCACCCAAACAGCCCAGGAAGAGCUCCCAUGCAGCGUCCGGCCUCCAGACGGCCGCCUCGUCCUCACCUGGAGUCUCACCUGGAGUCUCACCUGGUGUCUCACCUGGAGUCCCCGCAGUCUUAUUGGCCACGGCGGUCCAGGCCUUUCGAUACAUCAAUGGACAAUAUGUGAAGCAGGGCAAGCUGGGGGCCGCCAUCCUGGGCCAGCAUGCAACCAAGGAGUACAAGCUGCUUCUAUACGUCAGCCAGCAGAAACAAGUUGCUGCUGCCAAGAUCCACGUUGGCUUCGUCUUUACGGUGCAGUCCAACAACUACUGCACGUUUUAUGACGACCAGCGGCAGAACUGGUCCCUGAUGUUUGAGUCGGAGGAAUCUUCUUCAGACUUCUGUCGAGAGGUGUGUUUGGCGAAGGCAAACAGCUGCAACAGUUUAGACGGCGUCGUGUCUCAGGACCUGAGACUUGGGGAAGGCCAAGCAGUGGAACACGGAGACUCUGUGGAGGUGUCCUACAAAGAAUGGAUCCUGCAAAACCACACCAUUGGACAGAUGGUUGACUCCAAUCAAGACAGCCAAAAGUUGUUGCGACUGAAAAUUGGAGCUGGAAAAGUCAUUCAGGGAUGGGAAGAAGGGAUGCUGGGGAUGAAGAAGGCAGGUUGUCGUCUCAUUGUGGUGCCACCACACUUGGCCGGUGGAACAAAGGGGCUCCAUGACGCUGUCCCGGCCAACAGUACCCUGGUUUUCCAAGCAAACAUCAAGCGGGUCAAGUUUUCCAAGGAGAACGGGUCUGAUCAGGCCAGAGCCAGUUCCAGAGGCUCUGGCGGGGUCUCUCCUGCACCCAGCAUGGACACAGUGACCCCAGAGCCAGCAGAAUCCAGCAGUGUGAUGGACUCAGGCAGACCGGAGGACGCACCUGUACGAGCGAAGUCCAACUCCCUGAACGAGCAGCUGACCCAUCCAGACGCCACCAAGGCCAAGUUGAUCUCUCGCAUGGCGAGGAUGGGCCAGCCCAUGUUGCCUUUCCUGGCGGGGGUGUCCUGUGACUCUGAGGUGGAGAGUGCCAGCACUGCAGCAACAAAGGAUCAACCUACUGCUCCGUCUCCAGUGCAGAUCUCUACUGCUGCCCCAGGUCCAACACACGUGCUGCCACAUCCAUACCCCUCUCUUCCUGCUAAUGUGCUACCUUCCCUCGCCAACUUUUCCACGCAGGUUGUGUUGCCAGGUAACAUGCGCGCUUUCCAGCCCUACACUUACGCACAAGGCUCUGUGCCUGCAACUCAGCUGCAGUCCCUGAGCCACGUUUACCAGGCACCAGCUGUCCCUCACAUAGGCACCGGUGACGUGAACUCUUUCUUGAUCACGGAGGCCCGACAGAACAACACUGAGAUCCGUCUAUCUGUCGGGAAAGUAGCAGACAAAGUGGAUCAACUUGCAUCAAAGAUAGAUGAUCUGCACAGGCAAGGGACCGUCUCCUUGGGUCUGUCUUCUAUAUCAAUGGAUUCCUGCUUGCUCAUGCAAAACAUCCAACGAAUCAUCCAGGAAAAUGAAUGUUUAAAGAAGGAAGUGUUUGAGAAGAACUCUCGUAUUGAGGACCAAAACCGCAAGAUCACUGAGCUCAUUAACCAGAGUCAAAGGCUUAUGGAACAAAGCAAUAUGCUUCUGGAACAGCGCAAUGAUUCCCUCAAGUCCUCCAGUGAACACAACCAGACCAGACUGCUGCAGGCUGAACAAGACAAGAUUCGGUUGAGGGAAGAGCUGGAAUCCGUCACCGGCCAACUUUCUCAGACGCAACUGGAGGCGUCCGCUUCUCAGCAGAAGAUCUCGGAGCUGCAGACUAAACUGAGCGCGAGGCUGCUGGACUGUGAAAGCCACACCUCGCACAUCAGCGGGCUGGAAUCACAACUGCAAGAGCUGAAAGAAAGUUCUCACGCUCACGUCUCUGCUGAGGAACAAAGACGCAGGGAGGAGGAAGUCCAUGACAAAGGUCACCUGGAAGCACUGCGAGCAGAGCUGGAGGCAGAGUGCAAGGUGAAGUGUGAACAGGCCCUAACCUCCGCCAGGGAACACCACCACAAAGAGAUGGCUGAGCUUCAGGAGGAGAGAAAUUGUCUGCUGCAAAAACUUCAGGAGCUCCACCAAAAAUGCAAAGAGCUGGAGACACUGAGAGAGGCUGCCAAGGAGACACAAGAGAGACGAGAGCGCCACCUGGAGACCAGAGGGCCUGAGCAGCACAGUUCCGUGGACACAGCAGCAGAGGUGAAACGUGUGAUGAACGGAGUGUUUCACUCCUUGCGGGGUGACUUUGAACCUGGUCAAUCUUACACCGGCCACACAGUGCUCAGUGUGAUUGUCAACACUAUUAAGAACGUGACACUGACUCUGCUCAGUGGCAAGGAUGGCCCCAGCACUAAGAAGGAGGUGACGUCAGGCCAGGAAAAGGGAGAGAAAGUCCUUGUGAGGGAAGACCGAAAGGUGGAGACACUUGGUGACACAAAGGAAGACCAUGGCCACACGCGUAAGGAACCAGGGUCCAAAUUAGAAAGAACACGGUCGCUUUCAUCCACGGAGUCCAAGGAGCACAAAAUGGCAGACGUGGAGGAGAAAGUGCAGAAACCACAGCCAAGAACGAAGAAGUCCGACUCUCAGGAAUCUUUGAAGAUUCCUGUCAAGCCACCUCCACACCCAGAAGGUCAAGUCAUCCAAGGUGAAGACCAGAGUCUGACAGACGACCGUCCGAAGGAAAACGGAGCGCAGACUCGUUCCCAGAAGAAGGCUCACGACAAACACGUUCUGCAGGAAGAGGAAGACGAGCAGAGCCUGAAGGGAUGUCCGCCGCUGUUUGACGAGGACGAGGACGAGGGGGACAACGACGACGUCAGCUGGUUGAGCUGAGACAGUCGGCAGUACCCUGCCAGGUGGGAACGUAUCAAUGGGACCAGAACCUGUGAGUACCUGCCAGGUGGGAACGUAUCCAUGACGACCAGAAGCAGUGAGUCCCACCAACAGAACCAGGAAUGUUGUCAACAACGUCGUGCUCCUUUGUAGCCUUCAUAGAGCUACUGUAAAUCCUAGCAUUUUACACUUUGGCUAACCUGAAGUAAAUAAAGGUUACUUUCUAACUUA